UCGCGCGGAGGAGUGGUAUCCAGCAUGGCGGCUCACGGCGGCUGCAGCUCGGCGCUGUUGGUGAUCGUGCUGUGCCUGAUCGCUGGGAUCCAGGCGACCGGCAACAGGACAAAGCGGCAGGCGGUCUCGGGCGGCGGCAGGACCAUCAACAAUGGCUACUACAGCGGGCCUUCCGGGGGCCUGAACGCCUACCAGAUCUGGAACGACGAUGAGCACUACGUCAUCACCGAAGACCGGCUCAACGAGAUCCGGUCGGAGAUGAUGUACCCCUUCAAGGAUCCCAACGACUACCAGAAGGACAUCAACGACCUGACGCCGCAGAUUGACAAGAAGCUCAACUUCAGAUUUCCCUACUACGGCUUUCUUUUCAACUACACCUGGGUGUCGCUGCACGGCUUCCUCGGGUUUUCGCAGCCGACCUCGCAGCCGAACACCUACCCGCUGACGUUCCCGCAGCCGGACUGGCCCGUCAAGAACGACCCCUCAUUCAUCGGCCCCUUCUACAGCAAGUGUGUGAUCGGCGAGAUCGGGGGCGAAGAGACCGACACUCGGCGGCCCGGCAUCUACUACAGAAUCGAGCGCGACCUGUACGAGCGCUACGACCAGUUCGGCGUGGAGCUGCGCGAGCGCGCCAAGUGGGACAUCCGAGAGGGCAUCGUGGGAGCAGAGGCCUUUACGCCCAAGCACAUCAUCAUCACCACAUGGAAGAACGUCUCAUUCAACGGCGGCAACUCCAACUCCCGCGCCAGACGAGUGACCAACACGUUCCAGCUAAUGGUGGCCACAGACGAGGUGCGCUCGUACGCUAUCUUCAACUACCUGCACAUGGGCUGGACCACGCACACGGAGGCAGGUGGCGACAUCAACGAGGGACAGGGCGGCACUCCUGCUUACGUUGGCUUCAACGCCGGCAACGGCAGCAGCGCCUACCCGUACACGCCGUACUCCCAGACCAUGUACAUCCGGGACCUCACCUCCACCGGCAUGGCCAACGGCUUCCCCGGCCGGCACAUCUUCAGAAUGGACGAGAAAAUCUUGGCCGGAAACUGCAGACACGAACUCUACGGCUCGAACCUGCCACUGGUGUUCGCCCCGGAGCAGGGCAACAUGCUGGGUGGCAACCUGGUCAACAUCUCGGGCCCGUGCUUCGGGCCCAACACGCUGGUCAAGUGCCGCUUCUACGACCGCGAGGUGGAGGGUGUGGUGCGCGACACCAACACGGCCUUCUGUGUGCAGCCGCGCCUCUUCGCCACCGGCUACGUGGACAUCGCCGUCUCACUCGACGGCGGACCCUACUACUGGAAGGGACAGUACUACGUCGAAACACCAUUGACAUCAGCCGAGGGCGUCAUGUUCGCCAACGACGACUAUCAGCUGGCGGAGCCCGGCUCGCUCAGUCUGCAGUGGCUCUGGCACAACCUGACCAUGGACCAGAGCGCCAAGGUCACCAUCUCUCUGUACGGCUACCGCGAGUCAACCAACACACCGGAGCUGGUGUUCAUUGAUACGGUGGCGGACACCAGCAACGAUGGAGAGCUAACGCUCUCGACGUCUGACUACAUGGGUAACGACAAUUGGGACUACCUGGACAUCGAGGUGGGCUUGCUCCAGAUCAACCUGACCAGCCCGGGCACCUACCUGUCGGGCCUCAAGAACUCGCCCACGCUGUGGAGCCAGCCGAUCCCGCUGGCCUGGUACUUCGGGCCGCAGUGGAGCCGAGUGUACGGCACGGAGUGGGCCGCCCGCGUCUGCAACCGCUGGAUCGAGAACGACCGCAACCUGAAACACUUUGCCGGCGAGGUGACCCGCUGUCCGUGCCGUGUGGAGCAGGCAGUGGCCAACAAGGGCCUAUUUGUGCCGGACUUCUCCUGCGACCGGGACGGCAACACGGCCUGCGACGAGCACAAGGGUGCCAUUCACUGCGUCCGCGCCGGCAUGGUCAACGCUGACGGUGCCGGCCAGCAGUGCUGCUACGACAUCGACGGCUACCUGAUGAUGACGUCGGACAGCAUGUGGGGUGGCAACCCACACCGCGCCCACAACCUGGGCAUGAGGCCCUUCUACGAGGCCAACAAGAUGCCGUCGCUGUCGCACUGGUACCACGAUGUGGCGCCGUUCUACUCGUGCUGCCGCUGGCAGGGCGAGCAGAGCCAGGGCUGCACCACAUUCCGGUUCGAGCGGCGCGCCUCGCAGGACUGUGUCGGCUAUCAGCCGCCGUCUGCAGCCACGGUGUUCGGCGACCCUCACUUCUACACGUUCGACGACACCCAGUAUACGUUCAACGGCAAGGGCGAGUACGUUCUGACGCGCGUCAACACCAACCGCAACAAGCUGGACGUGCAGGCUCGCUUCGAGCAGGUGCCCGACAACGACCGCGGCCCCGUGCUGGCCACCCAGCUGACUGCCAUCGCAGCGCGAGACAACUUCUCCACCACGGUUGAGAUUCGACUGCGGCCUACCGAAGCUCAGUGGCGUUACAAGCUGAACGUGCUGGUCAACAGGCAGUACCUCUACUUCGACAGGUAUCCGGAGAAAAUGCAGAUCUUCAGAGGCAUGCUGGUGUACGUGCCGACUUUCAUCCACAACCAGUCGCAGGUGAUCGUGCUCUUCCAGUCGGGCGCCGGCGUGGAGGUGCUGGAGAACCAGGGCCAGAUGUCAGCCCGCCUCUACCUGCCGCUCACCUUUAUGAACCAGACGCAAGGUCUCUUUGGCAACUGGUCUAACGACCCUGUGGACGACCUUGUCACCCCGGACGGCAACAUCGUCACCGUCGACAUCAACAACAUGGAGCGCGUAUACCAGGACUUCGGACUCAAGUGGCUAUUGGACGACAAGGAGGACCCUUUGAAGGGCGGCUCCCUUUUCUACCACGAGAACGGCCGAUCCUCAAGCAAUUACUAUGAUCCAAGCUUUCUUCCGGUCUUUGACCAAAUACCGGACAUCCCUGAUAACAGCACUCUGACGGCUGAUGAGGUGAAGCGAGUGUGCGGCGACUCCUACCAAUGCUCGUACGACUUCAUCAUGUCGGAGCGACGCGACGUCGCCGUCUUCUCCAAGUUCUAUCAAGACGAGUUCGUUAACACCAAAUCACUGGGCCUUCAGACAAUCACCUCGUGCGGCGCACUGCCGACGCCGCAGAACGGCCGCAAGAACACGUUCGCCUUCACGCCCGGCACCAUGGUGAAGUUCGAGUGUGACCCGGGCUACAUUCUGGUGGGCGAGGCGCGACGCUGGUGCUACGCCUCGGGCGACUGGAGCUGGCCCGAGGAUGGCGAGGUCAGCUGUAUCAGCGAGAGCCAGUACAAGAUGAUGUACGCCGGUAUCCAGACGGCCAUCGCGCUCUAUUUGAUCCCCCUGGUGGUGGCGCUAACGUGCUUCUACAUGCACGCGGUGAAGAACGGGCCGCAGAACCGCGUGGCACCGUCGCCCGCGGCCUACACGUACCAGGCGGCCGGCUCGGAGCCGGAGGAGCCGCGGCGCGAGCAGCAGGUGCCCCUGCAGUCCGGGCCACACCAGCGCGGUGACACGGACAGCGGCGUCAGCGGCAAGAACGGCUCCCAGCUGUCCAGCAGCGACGUCGACACCACCUUCAGCAGCGAGGGCGUCAAGGGCGUCAAGGAGCCGCAGCACAUGGAUGGCUCCUACUAUACUGGCGAGCCACUGCCCAACAAGCCCGACAUCGACUUCGCCGAGAAGCCGAUGGAUCUGGAGAUGCCGCUGCGGGAUGAGCGCGAGCAGGCGUCGCCGUCGGUGCGCAUUUGAGCGCGCCGGUGGCGGCCUCUGCGCCGAGGUGGGGAGGGGGCGCUGCCUGCGCCUGUGUGGCGAUCCGAUCCCACGUGUGGGUGAUGAGGGGUGAGCAUGCCUAAUAGGGCACGCUCGCCGCUACUGCUGUCCCGCUUAAAGGAAGGUGACGACGCAGGCGCAUUUUAAAUAUCGGUUUGUCGCCCAUCGCAGCUGAGACCAUGGUCGCGGGCCACAUGUCAGGUUUAGCGUCUAUCUGUCAUAUGGGCUACUCCCACACAGUACGCGUAAGAGUAAGGUGGACGAGCUUUGUUGUCACUGUGUUCCGCGACAGCAAUGGUGCCCCUAUAAGGCUAUGGCUGGCGCGUUGUCUGUGCUGGCUUACAGUUGCAAGUCACGGGUGAAGCUCACUAGGAGGUUUUGUCAUGUUGUUUGUGCACGCAUAAUCGGUGGAAGCGAGUGUGAUUUGGAACGCUCUCCUUGCACACGUCUGGUAUGUGACCCGUCCAAACUGGUUAAAACCAGCUUUUGGGUUGUGUGUUUUAGCCCAAUUAUGUAGCUUUCAUCAGUUUAAGCCUCGCUAUGAUAGAUGCUUAUGCAUCACUGGUGACACUGCCGGCGGUAUGUUUUUUUUGUCCAAUGAUGCAGUAUGUUCUUCGCGGUCAUGCUUCCUCCAUUUGGACUUUCAAAUAGCUUGAUUUACUUGCUUGACAGGCAACGUAAUUUCUUCAACAAUUUCAUCACAAAUAUCAAUCAUCGUCCGUACAGAUUUUGUAUAUUUUGGUUUGUUACCUUCAUAGCAAAUACAGUUUUAAUGAUCAAA